AUGGCGACAGAAAUGUUGUCAGAAGGGGAGAUAGCGGCGAUGCCCGAAGAGACUAUGGAUUCUCAUUUAUAUCAUCUCCGCUACUUUGCCGGACAUACGGGUCGUUAUGGCAAUGAGUUUCUUGAGUUCGACAUCCGCGACAAUGGAACACUAAAAUAUGGAAAUAACAGUCGUUACAGGAAUGAAAAUAUUAUUAAGAAACAGGCACGGGUGUCCCCGGCGGUGUUGGAGGAAAUAAAACGUCUCAUCAUCUCUUCUGGGGUACUUGAAAGCGAUGACGAGCGGUGGCCACAACCUGAUCGUAAUGGAAGACAAGAAUUAGAGAUUCGUCUGGGAAAUACCCAUAUAUCAUUGGUGACGAAUAAGAUUACCUCCUUAAGCGAAGUUGAGAAUUCGGAAAAUCCGAAAGGUCUUGAGACAUUUUACUACUUUGUACGGGAUAUAAAGUCACUGGUAUUGGCCCUUGUUUCCCUCCACUUCAAGAUAAAAGCCUGCUAG